AUGACGGCCAAGCCUCUCGUUCGACCGAGCGAUGUGGACGUGCAGUCGCUCGUCAUGCCGCUGCCUCAAGGCGUGGAGAUGCCCCGCGUAGCGUCUCGCCGUUCGUCGCCCAAGGCAAGACGUCGACGCAGCAGCAGUGGCAGCAAGAAGAACGCCCCCACCAAGUCCGCACUCAACAGCAACGCGAACACCAACCGCCCCGAUGGAUCUCGCAUGACUCAGCAGCAACUGCACAUGUGGGAGCCCGUGCUCACGCUCGGAUGGUCCAUUGGCAUCUGCUACACGAUAGCGACCAUGUGCAUCGCACUCGGUGUCGUGAUCGCCUACACCUCCAGCACACUCACGACGUUGCGCGUGGUCUACGACGGCAACCCAGGAACCGAGGCGGCCAACGCCGUCCAGGCCGACGGCAACGUCACGCAGCUCUCCAAUUGCCGACUGGACUCGGCCGACGACGCCAAUUCGUUCCACGCCGACCACACGUGCUUCGUGAACCUCAAGCUGCCGAAAGACGUCAAGAGUCCCGUGCGCGUGUUCUACGAGCUGGACGGGUACUACCAGAACCACCGGCGCUUCGUUUCGUCCAUCAUCCGCACACAGUUCACGGACGAGUACCGCCCCGACGCCGGCACGUCCAUGCUCGAGUGUUACCCCAUGAAGUCGACGGUCUCCGAGUUGUGCACUGUCGGCGCGUGCGAGUCAAGAUCGGCCGCCAAGCAGCGCGAGCUCUUUCCGUGCGGCAUCGUGGCCAAUACCUUGUUCAACGACAUCUUCUGGCUGCAUGAGGGGGCUCUGCCGUCGGGUGAGAAGCUCUCGCGGACUGACUUGACGUCCAAGGGCAUCGGACGCAUCUACGCGGCGCACAACAACAAGAACCCGACAUGGGACGUCUCCUCCAGCGCGUACCUGCCCGUGUGGCACAACCCGAACAUGAGUCGCAUCAUCCCGCCGCCCAACGGCCCGACGGACCCGUACAUCACUGCGGACUACACGAACAGCACCGCGUGGGUGCAUGACGCGCUGGAUCCGGACUAUGGCGUGGGCACGGGGGUCGAGAACGAGUUCUGGCGCGUGUGGGUCGAAGGCGCCGCCAUGCACCCGUUCCGCAAGCCGUACGGCCGCAUCGAGCGCGAUCUGCCCGCCAACACGACGCUCACGUUCGCCGUGCAGUCUAACUUCUUCGUGCGCUCCUUCAGCGGCACCAAGGCGCUGGUGCUGGAAGAGGUGGGCUGGUUCGGCAGCGCCAAUUACGUCCUUGGUGCGUUCUUCCUGGGCGUCGGCGGCAUCUUCUUCGCGGCUGGAGUGUUCUUCAUGGGCCGCAAACUGCACAACCCUCGCGCGCUCGGAGACGCAUCAGCCCUAGCGUGGAAGAAGAAGUCGCAGUAG